AAAAAAUAUAUUACCUUUUCCAAUACAUUUUCCAGUCCACGGACAAUGAUGAUCAAAUCCAUCAAUACAUAUAUCACAAUCACUACAGUGAUAAGUAUUAUUUUUUUUCUAUAUAUUACAUAUACAACAAUAUAUAUUAAAUGGCAAUUUUUUAUAUUAAUUUAUUUAUUCUUAUGUUGGACAUUAAGAAGCACUAGCAAUUCCUGGAUUUAUUAAAGCUGUUAAAAGAUAAAAAAUAUCUAUAUAAAAUAUACAAUAAGUGUGACUAUAAAACAUAUUUGACCUUUAUAAUAUGCAUAUUAAAAUAUUAAAUAAUAUGAAACUAUAACAAAAACUAACCACGUAAA